GGCCCGCUCACAUCUUUAUUCCCCCGACCGACGCCUCUGUUCUCGUGCUUUCCUCUUCCACAGCUCUCCUCUUCCCUGCCUCUUCCCCCUCCGCCAUGAACGAGGACACACCAGGCAUGGUUUUGGACCUAGACGAUCCUCCUAGUAGUUACAAUAACUUGCGGGAAAUCACCACCGCCGGGGCGUAGGAGGGAUUCAGAUGCGGAGGUGCAGAAAAGGAGGCGGGCGCGGAGCAAGGCGUCCGGGGCGCAGGAGUUGCUGAGAAGGGGGCGGUGGUCGGUCUUGAGGGCUCAUCGGCGCUGUCGGCAGUGUGCAUCUCGUCCGGAAAUCUCAGUAAUGAAGUCGCCGAUCGCCAUCUGAAUCCGAAUCCGUUGAUCUGGAAAGAUUUGUCUGGUGGUUAUAUAUGUCAAGAUCCAUCUGUUGACACAACUGGAUGGAAACGAAGGAAGAGGGCGGUUGAUGGUCCAGAUUGUAGACUUUGCCCCAGCCAUAUGAGCGCUAUUGACAAAUGUCUGAUGAACGCAAAGGACAGAGCACGACCUGAAAUAUUUGCUCCAGUUGAAGGCACUACUUUUGACUCGUGUCAAGAAGCAUAUGAGUUGUACAACCUUUUUUCAUGGGAGUGUGGAUUUGGUAUCAAACAUGCCAAGACACGGCUUAAUGGAAAAGGGUACAGAUCAAUGCACGAGCUUGUGUGCCAGUGUUAUGGCAAGAGCGACAAGGAGAAUUCCGCCACCACCAAGACAGAUUGCAAAGCAAUGAUCUGACUGCUUCGAACAGACGACCAUGGGUGGUACGUCAGUAUGUUCGUCAACGAUCAUAACCACCCUUUAUCUGAAAAGUGUGUUGAGAAAAGGCAAUGGAAGUCACACAAUUUCAUUGACCCCAUGACCAAGGCAUUCAUCCGUAACCUUACGGAAAAUAAUGUCAGCCUUGGGAAGAUUUACAAUAUAUUAUGUGGGGUCAAUAGUGAGCCUGGUGUUGCGCCUUAUCGCAAGGAGACUUUGAAGUAUUUGUGCUCUAGGAUGUCUCAGGAAUCAGCAAAGAAGGACAUUUCUGAUACGAUACGCCUUCUCCAGGAUAUGAGGGCCGCUGAUGGAAACUUGGUGGUGUCGAUAAAUGUCGACAAAGAAGGAAGCGUGAAAAGCAUACUUUGGUGCACUAGUAAGAACAGGGAAGAUUAUGCCCACUUUGGCGAUGUGGUGACUUUUGACACAACCUACCGGACAAAUCUAUAUAACAUGCCUUUUGGCCUAUUUGUUGGUGUGAACAACCACUUCCAGUCUACAAUAUUUGGUGGUGUGUUGCUGCGUCAAGAGACAAUUGUUGAUUUUGAGUGGGCUUUCAAAACGUUCGUGGAAACCAUGAAUGGCAAGCAUCCACAAACCAUGUUGACGGAUCAGUGCAAAGCUAUGGAGGCUGCUAUCAAAAAUGUGUUACCACACACAAGGCAUCGUUGGUGCAAAUGGCACAUCGUCAAGUGUGCGAAGGAAAAGCUUGGUUUCGUGUACAGCAAGAACAGCACUUCCAAGCAUGAGUUCCACUCUCUGAUAAAUGAUGUAAUGGAUGUCACGGAGUUUGAGAAGAAGUGGGAAAUGCUUAUUGAUAAACACAAUAUGUCGACCAACACCUAUCUUGGGAAUAUGUAUGCCAACCGAGAAAAAUGGGCAAAACCAUAUUUUACUGGAGUAUUUUGUGCGGGCAUGACCAGUACACAGAGAAGUGAAAGUGCAAAUCAUAUGCUCAAGAAGUAUAUUCCCAGGUCAUCCCCCAUGCAUCUAUUUGUGAAGCAGUACAACAACCUCCUACGUUCACGCAUAACCGACGAGGGUAAAGAAGAUUUUGUCACCAAGAUGAAACGUCGUGUGAUAAAAGGAGGCAAUCCAAUUGAAGCAGAUGCGUCACAAAUUUACACAAAUGCUGUCUAUCAACGUUUUGAAUAGGAGCUAUAUCUUGCGUCAUCGCUCAUAGUUUCUGGGCUACCUCGGGACAAUGUUUUUCAUGUUACAAAGGCUCGUUACGAUACCAUGCCAGAUUUCGAAACCAGGGCAUUUGAGGUAUGUAUAAAAGAUGAAGGACAGCUUGUCACGUGUGAUUGUGGCAUGUUUGAUCACGUGGGGAUGCUAUGUUGUCACUCAAUAAAGGUUCUUCUUAGGAAUGAUAUCCUCAAGAUUCCUACCAAGAACAUAAUGAAGAGAUGGACCAAGUGGGCUAAAGAAGCGUACCCUGAGCACCUGCCAUUGGUUCCUAUUCGGCCAACAUAAGAUGAAUACUCUCAGAGGCGAAUUUUUUUGUACAUUGCGGCCACUGAGUUGCUGAAUGACAGAUCUGUGGUUAUGAAUUUGUUUGAUAAAACACUGCAUAUGUUCCGUGGUCUGAAGAAUGAAGGAAGGAUUCUCAAGGAACUAGAGUUGGAGAAACUAGACCAGGCACACAAUGAUGAGGACACGGGAAUGAAAGGUUUCAGCAUAACAUGUUACGAGGACCUCCGUCCGCCAAAGAAGGUGAAGUCAAAAGGAAGACCUCCUACCGUACGUCCAAAAUCCAGGAUGGAUUACGUCAAAAAAUUCAUGCAGAAGACCAAGCCUGUAAACUGCCUUUACACCGAGGGUGAUAUCCCAUUAGAUGGCCUUGGAUCUGUUGGUGGCAGGGAACCUUGUCGCAAAGUUAUUACUUGCAGCGUCUGUAAGGUGACUGGGCAUAACAAGACAACCUGCAAGGCCCGGGGGUUUUAAUCUGACCGUACUGGGAUGUAUUUAUCAAGUGGGCCUGCUAAGACGGUUGUCUAUAUUUUGUUGUAAAAAUGAUGUACUAAGGUUUUGGCAAGACGAUCGCCACAUAUUACAAGUUGUGGUGCAUGCCAAACUUGUAUGCUUUGUAGUAUUCACCAGCAGACCAUAAAGCUUGUGCCCCGCAUGUUUAGUCUAUGUAUUUUGAAUCUAUGUGAUAUGAUGCAGAGUCUUAAAGUUCUGAAAAUCGUCUUUAUUAUGUGUGCCGCCAUAUGAGUUGUUGUGGCCACAUAUUCUAUAUAAGAUGUUCUCUCCAGUUUAUAAGCAACACUCCAUUCUUGUCAGCAUGUGUAUCUGACUACAUAUAGACGUUUAUUAUGUAACAUAUGCUCAUGAUCCAUACUGUAUGUUGCUUGCAAAUCGAUUCAGAUGACUAUGUCUUAUUAAGAUUCCUUUAUUGUAAGCUAUGUACCUGAGAGGUUUGUGCUUUGUGAUUGCAGCCAUGCGGAUGUAUACUGCUGGAAAGGCUUUGUCCAUAUUGGUCAGUCUAAAUUUCACGCACGGGGACAUAUCCAAAAAAGAAUAUAAUAGAAGGUGUAUUUCAUAUGGAGAUGAAUCUUUUCCUUUUUUAUGAUGACAUUGGAAUUAUUGUUCAACCAUAUUAUAACUACCCGCAUCUUCAGAAUUAAGGUAUGUAUCCUGACUAAACGUUAAAACCGACGUCAUACUUAUUGUGGUGAUAAUACUUAUGUGAAGUUGCAGUCAUAUUCAAUACGGAUGCAUCACUACAUGAUUGAUAAAAAUAUAAACAUUUUUGCAACACUACAUGAUUGAUAAAAAAAUAACCAUAUUUGCAACGAGAGGGAAUUCUUGUUCAUUACAUAGUGCUUUGACACCAAAAGACAUUAUCUCCAUGCAGACUAUUACAAGCCAUUCAUUCCCCGAAAUUAAAGCACUUCUUAAAACAUCAUAUCUCUUGAUCAAGCAUAAAUAUAGUUUGUCGCCAUCACACCCAAAAUAAAAGGCUCACAAGAGAGUUGUGGAAACCCAAAAUGAUUCGUAACGCAGAUUAAACUAGUGAUAAAUAAGAGUCGACACUGAUGCUUCUGCACCAUGUCUUUGUGGCACUCCUGAGUACUUCUCACAGGGCUCUAAAGAUCUUCUGGCACCAUAUCAGCAACGGUUGAGCGCAGUGUGUUGCUAUCCAUGUUUAUCAGUUGAUAUCCCAGGCUGCGGAUGAACUUCCAAAGACGCUGCACAAAGUUUUUAUAAAAAGUAAGUUACGUUUGUAUUGUUAGCAUUAUGGACAUGAUAGCAGCACACAUAUGUCUUGAAUGAAAAAAAUUGGUGCUUACCCAGGGCCUCAUGUACAUCAUGGUAUGCCCAGUGUAGUGCCAAGCAGCAAAAGCAGCCCUCAAACCGUCACCAGGACUGCACACGAAUCAUGUCAUGGCAAUAUGUGAGUAGUAAUUUUUAAACCUAAGGUAGUAACCUCAAUGAUGCAAUGUAUUUACGAUUUGCAUCCGCCAUUUAUACCUGUCAAUAUCGACACACCCGUGCUUCAUAUGCCUAAUUUUCCAAUGCUGGCCUGGUAUCCAUGAAGGACUACCGACACAGUAUUGGAGACAGUAAUGCAGCUUGUAUACCAGCGUGGAAGCAAGCUCGCUAUGCCUGACGCUGAUUAGGUCAGUGUCAUCAUCAUCAACAGUAGGGUCAACGACCCCCACCCUCGUGUCGAUUGUGUCAAAUAUGUAUGUCACCCAUGAGUCGUGCAACUUGAAUGUUGCUACAAACUACAAACCAGAGGAUUUAAUUUUAGUAUUGUAGCUUGUGUAAUGCAAUCUGAUGCCAAAGCAUGCAUAGAACAUAGGAACAACGAGAUGCUCGUAGUAUACCUCUAAACAAUCCUUAGGGUCUUGGCUCGAUCUUCCUAAAGUGAACAUCCAAAGAACCUGAGGACUGGGUGGGGCGCUGUUGUCUGGCAAGCAGUAGUCCUGAAGAAAAUAACCAUGUGACUGUCAAGAAAGGGCAAUUUUUUGUCUGACAUCAGGAUGCAAAAAGGUAAUCAAUAUGCAUAUUGGUUAUCAUGAAUAUAUUCUGUUGUUUUGACCGUGACCAUACCGUCCAUGUUGGCGGGAGGAAAUAUCUCUUCGGCCACCUAGUGAGAUGGGCAAAAACACCUCUGUUGACUUUGUGUUCAACUUCGUUGAAGAGGACAGAGAUUGUAGUUGCAGUAUCUUUACGGAGCCCCAUGUGCCCCAACAUCUCUUCAGCCAACUCUUCUCCUUUCACUACGAUGCAGGCUGGCUGUCCAAUCAUAAUCCAGGGCCUGAAACACAUGUGCAAAUGAAAAAUCAAAUAGUCAGUACGCAAGUUUCCGUUUUAUCUGUGCAAGUGCUAACUGGCCAAAUCCAGCCUAGAUAGUUUAUGCACUCAUUCGUUAGAGCUGACCUUUCUAAAUGUUCCUCAUUUGCAAACUCAUGCAUCCAUAUUUCAAAUGAUUUUAUUUUCGUCUUGUCCCCCAGCUGGGCAAGUAGGGGUGGAGAGGACAAGCGAUAGAGAAGACGUUUGUCCAGCUGCUCAUAGAAAUUGUCACGAAUAUCUCCUGAUAGAAACCCCCUUUCUUGCACAGGCUGCUGGACUCGUGCAAGAUCAUCCCCUUGGUCAUCUUCAUCUUUAUAGAGGCAGCAGUUAAGCAUCAAGUCUGAUCGCGCAAAGAGAUAGUAUAGUUCAUACGAUUCGUAUAUACCUGGAAUUCCUUCAUCGCCCAUCGCAGCUUCCAUAAUGUUCAUCUGAUCUUCAGAGUUGUAAGAGUGCAUGCCGCUAUCAUCAUCUAUGUUAUUACCUCCCUCAUUAUUGUGUUCUGGUUCAACUUCUGCUGCCUCGUUUGUUUGGUUUCCUGAAUCACCUGCCACUAAUUAUCACACAUAAUCAGUCACAUAGUAUUGUGCUUUGUUUUUUAUCUUUGAUGCCAUGUAUACGUCUUAGUGAUUGGAAAUUGUUAACCUUGAUGCUCGUCUGCACUUGUGAAAUUGGUAUCUACAGGCAUUUGAUGAUGCACGACUAUAGCACCUGAACCCGCUGCCCCUGAUAAUUUUGAUAUCAUUAGUUAGAAAAUUGAAAAUGUGUUCUUAAAGGAUGGUAAUUGGAUUUAAUGAUGAUACCUCGCUGCGAGGCAAUUACAUCUUCGGUGGUCCCAUCAACAGUAUUAGUUAAUGGUGCAACCGUUGAUCCUGGUAGCUCUGUUCCCACCUUUUUGUCGGUUCUGUCACUUGUCACGAUGGCAUCGUCAACCUUAGCACUAGGUGUGAUUACAUCCUUUGUAGUACGGUCGUCAGUAGCCAGAUCCUCUGAAAACAACCACAUGUGCGUUUCAGGAGCAUUGUUAGCCUCUCUCAUGCAAUUUCAAGAUGCGUUUAAAAGCAUGGCAAUAGGAUUAGUAACGAUACCUUGCUGCAAGGCAAUUACAUCUUUAGUGCUACCACCAGGAGUGUUGCUCAAUGGUCCAACAUUUGAGUCUAGUGGGUCUGUAUCACUAAUUUUGCCAUUGCUUUCACCCAUCACCUGUCUUCGUGAGACUGUCCGUCUUGUGUGUCUGGAACAUAGUUAGAAUUUCAGUUAAAAUCAUCAACGAAGCAACAAAAACGACAAAGUUUUUUGUAACAAUAGCACAGUGGAUGAUACCUUGCUGCGAGGCAAAUACAUCUUCAGUGCUACCACUAGGAGCAGUGAUCAAUGGGCCAACAAUUGUGUCUAGUGGCUCCGUAUCAAUGCUAAUUUGGUCAUUGUUUGCACCAAUCACCGUGUCUUCGUGAGACUGGCCAUCUUGUGGUUCUAGAACACGAUUAGAAUUUUAAUUAACACUUCAGCGAGUUGUAAAUACGACAAUAGUUUUUUAACGAUGCAAUGGUGGAAUGCAAAAUAAUCCUAAUUGAUUAUAUGAGAGCAUAGACAUGUGUGACAUAUCCAUCCAUACCGUCUUUGGAAUCUGGAACCUCCGGUUCUCAAAACUCUGCUGGACACAAUGGUACAUAUCCAAUUUGUUGAACCGUUGCUGCGGGCUCUGUGUUUUCUGCCCACAUAAAACAGAGGUUAGCAAAGAGUAUGUUCCUGAAUAAAGAUGCGGCAGAACAACUAGUUACCAGUAGGUGGGUUUUCCUUAAUGGCCUGAUGCUGGUAUUCAUCAAUGUUUUCCUGUGUUGAUGGGAUGUGCAUAUCAACAGUUUGUUGUGCAAUGUCUGCAGAUGAAACACAUGGAAAAAGGGUCGAUUUAUUGUUAAACAAUAUUCUCCUAUUUGGAAAACUGUCUUUAUUUGCGAGCAAACACAUAGUAAUAUUCGUACCUGUUGUAACAACAACAUCUUCCUCAAUCAUGUAUGCAGGGUUGUUGGGUGUAUAUGUUGGUGAGACCGGUGCAGUGCGUGCCAUAACAUCUGUGAGGUCUUGCAUGGCCAAUGGUCCUAUAAAUGCCAUCGAAAGAUGGUUAUUCAGGCACAUGUGGAAUUCCUGAAGACUUUGGAAUGAGCCUCAACUUCAUGGAUUCAAAGGGCCCAUGGAUUCCUAUGUCACCUCCUGAUCAGAUAGACAAAUGUCAACUUUCUAAAUCUAGAGCAUUUUGUACAUGAUUUAUGUAUGACCAUAAUGUUAGGUAUAAUGGAUAGGUAUCAUAAUUGUGCUCUAUAUAAUCGACUCUUGACUAACCAGACUGUUGAUGUAGUGCGUCGUCGUGCUUGUGAACGUCAGCAACCCUUCUCUUGGCUGCUGAUCCUAUUCCAUCAGUGUCAACAUGUUUUGAUCUCCU